AGUUUGGCUUUGUUGUUACGCUGGAGAAAUGGCUGCCGCGAGUUCACUUCAUUGAAGGAAUUGGAAUAUUUUUGCUUGUUGCACGGAAUGUACAUCCAAUGGGAUUACGAUCCACGGUGUAAGUACUUGAUGGCGCCGGGCGUUUUUGUUCAUAUUUGGGUUUUGUGCAUUUCCACCAUUUUAACUUGCUAACCUGAAGACAUUGCAGGGGCUUGGAUGGUAAAUUUGCAGAGGUGACAGUGUCGGGGGAAAGGGCAGCAACGUCUCCUGUCACGUAGCAACUGGUGUUGUACAACAAUGCAGCAGUGUUUGGAAUAUGCAUUGGAUCGGGCCGAGUACAUCGUUGAAAGCGCUCGUCAGCGACCUGCAAAGAGGAGGGCCUCUUCUAGCGGGAGGAAAUCAUUAUAUCAGAAACUCUACGAGUUAUACAUUGAAGAAUGUGAAAAAGAACCAGAGUUGAAGAAGCUGAGAAGAAAUGUCAAUCUACUUGAGAAGUUGGUUGCGCAGGAGUCCAUAUCAUGCCUUGUGAUUAACUUAUACCCUGGGAAUGAAGGGUACUCACUGAUGCUGAGGGGGAAGAAUGGAUCUGAUUCAGAGACGAUUCGGCUACCAUAUGAAGAAGCUGAGUUGUUGGAGUACCUCGAUGCUGAGGAGUUGCCCCCUGUCCUAGUUGACCUUCUGGAAAAAUCACAGGUGAAUAUAUUCCACUGUGGCUGUGUUAUUGCCGAGGUCCGAGACUACAGGCAGUCGGGGAACACCAAGAUUCCCUCCUGUCAAACCCAUCACAUUUUAUUACGACCCACUAUGCAGACCCUUAUCUGUGAUGUCCAUUCGAUGACGAGUGACCAUCAUAGAUGGACCCAGGAUGAUAAGCUGCAGCUGGAGUCUCAGCUGAUCUUGGCCACAGCAGAGCCUCUCUGCCUGGACCCCUCUAUCUCUGUGACCUGCACAGCCAACCGCCUUCUCUACAACAAACAGAAGAUGAACACACGCUCCAUGAAACGGUGUUUCAAGAGGCACUCGCGUGCCGCGCUAAACCGGCAGCUGGAGAUGGCCAACUUCCCCACGCCGCCUCAGCUCCGGCUCUUUGACUACCUGCAGAAGAGGAAGGAGAGGAAACCAGCACCUUCAAUAGACCUUAAGAUCUCCAAGGCCGGCAAUAGCGUUGACAUGUGGAAACAGAGUGCCUGCCAGCUCACCGUCCCAUCAGAAAUCGAUGUGGAGAAGUAUGCAGUGGUGGAGAAGUCAGUGAAAAUAGAAGACUCACAGCCUACGGUUUGGCCAGCACAGGAGGUGAAAGAUGACUACACUUUUGAGUGUGAGGUAAACGGUCAGACUCAGAAGACGAAGGUGACCAUCUUCCAGUCGGUGGGAGAUCCCCUGUUCUAUGGUAAAAUCUUCAGCGCCAAAGACUCCAAAACUGAGGAGGACGUUCCGGACCUUCACCUCAUCCAUCCACCGUUCCUAAUAGGUUCAAAGACUGAUGCUGACCGGUUUUUGAAGCAGUAUAAGGAAGUGUAUGAGAGGGACGUUAAGUGUCAGGUGAAGAUGUCCCACAAUUCGGGAAGCUCCGUGUCCCAGGGGCCGCUCUCUCCGAACCGUGAGGCGGAGACGGACACUUUCUCAGGACUUGUGCAGUCCUCAGUUCUGGGAAAGGGAGUGAGGCACCGACCACCUCCCAUCAAACUUCCAGCCACUAGCACCAGCUCCUCAGGUAAUCCAUAUAGCUCACAGACCUCUUCAGGUCAUCUAAAGUGCCCAACUCCCCCGCCUGCUAAAAACCAGUCCCUGACCCGGAAGCACUCCAUGGAUCAGGUCGGCCUGCUGUCCCCGGCCGCCCUCUCCCCCAUGGGCUCAUCACAAAGGUCAGGGACGCCAAAGCCUUCGACGCCCACCCCCACGAACACGCCGUGCUCCACGCCGCACCCGGCCGACGCCCUGAGUGCCACGCCGCUGACGUCGCUGACGCCCACGCUGCAGGACGCAGCCGUGGUGGCGCAGCAGCAGCAGCAGCAGACGCCCACCCUCCUCGCCCCGUUCGCCCAGCAGCAGAUGGCGCUGAGCCAGGCCCUGCCCGUCAUGACCAUCCCCCUGCCAACGUCCAUCAACACCGGCACCACGUCCUCCCAGGUCAUGGCCAGCCCGACCGGGCUCAACUUCAUCAACGUGGUCGGGUCCGUUUGCAGUCCACAGACGUUGAUGGGAGGCCCCAACCCCAUGCUGGGCUGCAGUCCAGGGAUCAACCUGAGUGGAAUACUGCCCUCUGGUGGCCUCAUGUCAGGCGCUCUGCCCACCAUGCAGUCCACAGCGCAGGCUGGGAGCCCAUUCAGUCUGAACAACACCCAAGGAUUAAGACCUCUGAAUCUGCUCCAGAUCCCUCAGAUGAUCUUCAACCCACUGCAACAGCCACAGCUGUCCCAGUUUUCCCCGCAGCAGCAGAACAGCCAGUCGACCACAUCCAGCCCUCUACAACAGGGGGAGCUGACUGAUCAAACUGCCGCUGAUCAGGGCCUUGGAGCCCAGCAAACAGCCGUCAUCAACCUGACUGGAGUUGGAGGAUUCAUGUCUUCUCAGGCUGCUGUGCUGUCGCAGCUGGGCUGCGGUCUGGAGAGGCCCGGGCCCAGCCUGCCGUCUCCAAGGCUCCAGCAACAGCAGCACCAGCCACAGAUCCAAUUGCAAUUCUUGCAGCACCAAAUGCAGCAGCAGCAGCAGCAAAUGGCUAUGGCAGCGGGGGCGGCACCCCAGGUGGGGCUGCCGCAGCAACAGCAGCAUUCCGCCAGCCAAGCAAGAAGUAAACGGAAGCGCAGCACACCCUAACCCCCCCUCCCCACCACCCACACCACACCCCAACCCCAAAACCCCCAAAUUCACAGAAUCACGGCGCUGCAAAUCCUCUCUUCUAAAUAAAGACAAAUGUGUCUGUGGAAAUGUCCCCAGAGACCAACCUUUUAUCAUUUUUAUAAUCCACCGGCCCAGAGACAGGCGGCAUACUCAUUAUGUACAUUUUCGACGAAAGCGUUUUAAAAGGGUGAACCUAUAUUUAGAGAGGCUGCGCAUUUUUUUGUAUGUAAAUUAUGAUUGUAACUCUUAAUACAUUUUUAACAAAAGAACUUGAUACACCAAAUGGCAUUUGUUUUGACAUUAAACAAGGUCCAGGGAUGUAGUCGUUCUCAAGGUGUAGGUUUAGGUUAUCAAAGGCAAGCAAAUGCCUAACACCAAACUGAUGAAAUGGUCAAAACAAACCAGGCAGGCAGUAGUUGUUAGAAAUUAUGUUCCUUUCUUGAUAGAAGGUGACUUUUAAACUCUUCUUUUAAACCCUGGCCUAAUUUCAUAAACAGUGUUAAGAAUGGGCCUUGUUGAUUCUUGCUCUGCUGUUAUGUGACAAAAAGAAACCGUUCAGCGUUUUUGUACGCAGUUUUACCAUGUAGUCCAAAGCUGAAUUUCAGACUGUUGUUGGGUUCAUUACAGCUUUGUUUUAUUUCAGCACACGAAUAGCCCUUCCAGUGGAGGAAAUGAGGAGUAAAACUAUAGUAAACUGU